GAGGGAGGGGGAGAAUCCAAUCCGGUUUGAGCUAGUUUUUGUUCCAAUGGAACAUUAACGUCUUGCUACGCCGUAAUAGAACGUACUGUUUGAAUCUUUUACUGAACAUUGAACGGUAUUUUCUUGCUUCUCUCUUUUGCAUUUCUCUAUUUUUUUAUACAAACGCAAGCCAGCCAUGCCUAAAAGGAGCAAAGCUAACAAUGACGCUGAGGCAGUGGAGCCCAAAAGGAGAUCGGAGAGGUUGGUAAAUAAACCCACAACCACAACCACAAAAGCAGAGCCAAAGCCAAAGAAGGCACCUGCUAAGCCCAAAAAAGCAAAGGAGGUAGAGAAAGCUAAGCCUGAGGAGAAGAAGGAGGACGUUCCCGCUGAGAAUGGAGAAGCCAAAGCCGAAGAAGAGGCACCAGCCACGGAAGAAGCUGAACAGAAAGAAGAGGAGGAGGAGGAGGAGGCAGCAGAAUAGCAUCUCUUAAACCACAUCUUUUAUCAGUGCUCCCUGUACCUCUUUUUCUUGUACAAUUCAGGGGAAUAUUUUUAUCAACUAUUUUCUAAAAGCAGGUUUUUUAGUAGUUUGAUUGUAGAAACACAUUUUUUUAUGAAACAAAAAGUACAUUUGGAGACGGGGGAUUUCAUCGCAUCCCACAUUUUUUGCAUCUCCAAAACAAUUACGGUCAUUGUAAAUGUCAAUGGUUUUAUUUUCAAUGUUGGGGAGGGAAGGGACUGGUUGAUGCAUUAAGAACAAUGCAAGCCCAUCGUUUACAGGAGUCUGAAACAACUGAGAGAGCUUGCCUGAGAGACUAACAUUCCAUAGGCUAUAUGAGGGACGGUAAAUGUAACCUGUAUUGUAGAGGGCGGGGCGGAAUUACUCAAGGGGAAACGCAUUGUUUUAUUGUUUAUAAUGAGGACAAAAAGUGUUUUAGAAUGUUUGUAAGCUGUGUUCCAUAUGUUAAAUCUUGUACUCAUGCAGUUUUUUCUUAACCAUUCUGCAAAAUAAACCUAUUCCCUAGUACUGGAUUUCUCCCUAUAUCAGGCCUGUGCAUUGCGUGUAUUAGUUUUGUCUCCGUUCUGUGAUAGCAUCGCAAUAAAUUUGUAUAGCUGCUGUGAAAAGGGUUUUCAAACUUUCUAAAUGCAGUGUGUAAUGGUACAUUAUGAGGAUGGUUAAAAAAAAAAAGAUAUGUGUUUUUAGCCAAGAUAAUGACGUACAUAACAGUGUGAAACAUACCGUGAGUUCCUCAGAUUCCAUGAGACAAACUGUACAUCCACCUGACCUGUCAGAUACACAUACCAGCAGUAGCAAUAUUCAUGUGGGUUUUUAGGUAUAAAGUACAAGUGUACAGUUUUUCCUUUGUUUAUAGAUGUUUCUCUGUGUAAUGAUUGGUAUGAACAAAACAAUAAAAUAUUGUAAUUGUUUGCUCA